AUGGCGGCAGCGACUCAGGCCCAGGAGGGCCACCUCCAAAAGAGGUUCUCAAAGAUUACCAUGAUUGGUAUGGCUUUUGCAAUUCUCAACACCUGGAUCUCUCUUGCUGGAUCUCUGGGACUCGUUAUGCCAUCUGGCGGCUCCGUUAGUUUCGUCUACGGCUUUAUUUUUUGCGUUAUAUGCAAUAUUUGUUUGAGCGCCAGUGUCGGAGAGUUGGCAUCCCUGUAUCCUACAGCCGGAGGACAAUAUCACUACUCCUUUGCUCUAUCAACCAAAAAAUGGAAGAGUCAAAUGAGUUUUAUCGUCGGAUGGAUCAACAUCGCAGGAUGGUUAACCCUCAACACAACCGCUGCUUACUUUGGAGCUCGCUUCCUUGCCGCUGCAGCAGUUGCUGGUUCAGGUGGCACCUACGAGAUCACCCAAUGGGGUACAUACUUGAUGUUUGUAGCAGUAUCAAUCGUCGGCGUCUUUCUGAACAUCUUUGCCUAUCCUAUUCUAAACCGUUGGAAUGAGGGUGCCUUGUAUUGGUCCUUGAUCAGUGUCGUGGUCAUCAGUAUUGUACUACUUUCCACUUCUCCCAAAACCGAUGCCAAGUUCGUCUUUACCAACUUUUCCAACACAACUGGAUGGAGCGAUGGCACGGCUUGGAUGCUUGGACUGCUUCAGUCGGCUCUGAGUAUGAUCGGUUUUGAUGCUGUGGCACACAUGACGGAAGAAAUGCCUCGGCCAUCCAAGGAUGCACCCCAAGCCAUGGUAGCUGCUGUGCUGGUCGGUGGUGUAACUGGUAUUGUCUUUAUCUUGGUCAUGCUUUUUUGCUUUGUCGAUCUUGAUCUCCUUCUUGCAUCGCCCACUCAGAGUCCCCUCACUGAGAUGAUCCUCCAAGCAACUAAGAGUAAAGUUGCCGCUACAGUUCUAAGUGUUGCUGUUGCACUAUGUUUCGUCAACGGCGCGAACGGCUGUGUCACUUCUGGAAGUCGUCUUCUCUGGUCCAUGGCACGAGACAACGGAACACCAUUCUCCAAGUACCUUUCGCAUCUUCAUCCUAAGCUCAACGUUCCCGUUCGAGCUAUUGUCGUACAAGCCAUUUUCAACCUUCUCUUUGGAUUAUUAUAUCUAGGCCCGGAGGUUGCUUUCAACGCUUAUAUCGCCAGCUGCACGCUUUUUCUCAACCUUUCAUAUGCUGCACCAGUUCUUAUUCUUCUUAUCCGAGGCCGACAACUUGUUCUCGCGGAGCCUCCUGUGUUUUCUCUCGGACACACAUUUGGAUAUGUCGUGAACUACGUCGCAGUCAUCUUUGUCCUUGUCACGUCUGUCUUCUUCUGCUUCCCACCUGCAAUUCCCAUCAACGUAUCAACUAUGAACUACGUGACGGCUGUUUUAGGCAUCUUCAUCAUUUUUGUCACAGUAUUGUGGUUUAUGAAGAGAAAAACCUAUGAAGGACCUAAGCUUGAAUUCAUUCUAGGGGAAGAAUUGCCUGUGGUUGACUCGUCGGAGCCACAGAGAACGGAAAAGGAGGUUGUAUCUAGUGCACAUUCCAGGCAAGACGAGUCAUAA